AGAUCCUUCACCCAUUUCUUCGCUGAGCUGGCUUUCUUUGGUUCUCUCGAAAACUCACCAAGGCUAAACCUAAUCAAUCCUUUGCUUCUUGUCUCGGUAUUCGAAUCCAUUGCUUCAGUCCAAUAGUCAUCGGCUUGGAGUUCCCCCUCUUGAAUUCUAUAAAUUGUUGAGAACCAAUUUCGGUUCUCGCUCCUCGCUCUUCGGUUCCUUUUCUUGCUUUCCUGCGCCAUUUUGAGCGAGUGGAAAUGGCGGGGCCUGUAGUUGACGCGGAAUACCUCAAGCAAAUUGAGAAGGCUCGUCGGGAUCUGCGUGCGCUCAUCUCCAGCAAAAACUGUGCGCCUAUCAUGCUUCGUUUGGCGUGGCAUGAUGCAGGCACUUAUGAUGCUUCGUCUAAGACAGGUGGCCCUAAUGGCUCAAUUAGGAAUGAGGAAGAGUACAGGCAUGGCGCAAACAAUGGCUUAAAAAUAGCAAUUGAUCUUUGUGAGGAAGUGAAGGCAAAAUAUCCAAAGAUUACAUAUGCGGACCUGUAUCAGCUUGCUGGGGUUGUUGCUGUUGAGGUUACCGGAGGCCCCACCAUUGAUUUUGUUCCUGGUAGAAAGGACUCAAAUAUUUCUCCCAAAGAAGGGCGCCUUCCAGAUGCAAAACAAGGUGUAAAACAUUUGAGGGAUGUCUUUUAUCGGAUGGGUCUAUCGGACAAAGAUAUUGUGGCACUAUCUGGGGGUCACACACUGGGAAGGGCACACCCAGAAAGAUCAGGCUUUGAUGGACCAUGGACCAAGGAGCCACUUAAAUUUGAUAAUUCCUAUUUUGUGGAGUUAUUGAAAGGGGAAUCAGAAGGACUAUUGAAGCUUCCAACAGACAAAGCAUUGUUGGAGGUUCCUGAGUUCCGUCGUUAUGUUGAGCUGUAUGCAAAGGAUGAGGAUGCGUUUUUCAGAGAUUAUGCUGAAUCACACAAAAAACUUUCGGAAUUAGGGUUUUCCCCCAAGGUGGAGGCAAAAAAUAAUACUGCAAUAUUGGCGCAAAGUGCUGUGGGAGUCGCAGUUGCAGCAGCAGUUGUGAUCCUGAGUUACCUUUAUGAAGUUAAUAGAAGGAUCAAGUGAAAAGGCGUUCUUUGGACAUGUCAAUUAUCCUAGAAAGAGUUGGUGGAAUGUGGCACAUAUCCAGCCAGGACAAAGAAGGCUGCUCAUAUUUUCUAUUGAUAAUAUUAAUAAUAAAACCUAUUAUCUGCUUGAUCGUCAUACACCAA